UCCAGUUGUGUAAGCGAGAGUGUAUGGAGCUUGAUGAGAUGGGUCUAUUAACUUCAUCUUUGAGUUUAUCUAUAACAGCUUUAUAUAGAGAAAGCUAUAUUCAAAUUGCAAAUAGUAUAUUUGUUUAAGUUCAGUAAAAUACUUUCCCCUUCCUUUUUGUUUCCCAAUUACAUUUUAGGUGCUAUUCUUCUAAAAGAAAAACUUAUGGAAACAGAAGCCAAGCCCGUUUGUGUGACCGGUGCCUCUGGUUUCAUUGGUUCGUGGCUCGUCAUGAGACUCCUAGAGCGUGGUUAUAAAGUUCGAGCCACUGUGCGCGACCCUGACAAUAUUAAGAAAGUGAAGCAUUUAUUAGAUUUACCAAAGGCUAAGACGCACCUGACUUUAUUGAAAGCUGACCUCUCUGAAGAGGGAAGCUACGAUGAUGCCAUUAAAGGUUGCACAGGUGUGUUCCAUCUUGCCACCCGAAUGCCGGCUUUUGACUCCAAAGAUCCCGAGAAUGAAAUUAUAAAACCAGCUGUCAAUGGAGUAUUGAAUAUCAUGAAGUCAUGUGCAAAGGCAAAAACUGUUGAAAGGUUAAUAUUCACAUCUACUACACUGACCGUGGAGGUUGAAGAACACAAAAGAACGGUAUAUGAUGAAAGCUGCUGGAGCGACGUUGAUUUUAUUCAGGCCGUAAAGAUGAAUGCAUGGACGUAUUUCUUGUCCAAGACUCUUGCCGAGAAAGCUGCAUGGGAAUUCGCUAAACAGAACAAAUUUGAUUUCAUCUCUGUUCUCACACCUCUUGUUGUUGGUCCAUUUAUAACGCCAUCAAUGCCACCUAGUCUUACCACUGCUCUUUCACUUAUCACUGGAACGGAAGAUUGUAGUUGGUUUCUAAAGGAUUGCCAUUACAUUCACUUGGAUGACCUGUGCAAUGCCCACAUAUUUUUAUAUGAGCAUCCAAAAGCUGAAGGCCGAUACAUUUGCUCUUCUCGCGAUUCCACCAUUUUUGAGCUUGUAGACUUGCUAAGAGAAAAAUACCCAGAAUAUAAUGUUCCAACAAAGUUUAAAGACAUGGAAGAGGACAUUCAGAAGUGCGUCUUAUCUUCCAAGAAGCUUACAGACAUGGGUUUUGGGUUCAAAUAUAGCUUGGAAGACAUGUUCAAAGGUGCUAUUGAAUCCUGUCGAGCUAAGGGAUUGAUUCCAUUUUCUAAUAACUAAGCCGCCUGUUUCCAAUGGAAAAGAAGCUAUUGGAAAGGACGAAGCAAAGGAUGUGAUUAUCAGUUUAUCACUACUGCUCCUGUACCAGAAGGCACAAGGCUAUCUAUAAAUGGAUAUGUACAUAUAUCUUUUUUUGUUUUCAAUGCUUUCAAAUCGGCAAGCAUAUUAUGUGCCAAUUUUAGUUUUUAAUUACCUCUUUAGAACCAUAAUAAGAGGGAGGUUAUUAAAGUCAUUGUAGUCCAUCCUUUUUAUUAUACUAUGAAUUUUUAUUUAAUAAUAUUAGGAAAUCU